CUGGAGAUCCAGACUCCGCGCGCGUCGGAUGGUUUUGGUUUUGCGUCCUCUCCAGCUCGGCUUUGGCUUUGGGAUUCUCUAGCUGCCUGGAUACGCCAUUCCUUUGUGGGUCAGUCUCCCCGCGGAUCUCAGCGUCCAUAACCGACCCGGGGCACAUCAGCCUUGGAAAGUUCGAGCCUGAAGCAGCCCGGGGUGGAGAAGAGGACCUGACUCCGCACCACGCUUCAGAUGCUAGCUCUGAAAAACUCUUCAACACAGUUAUCGUAAACAAAGAUCCGGACUUAGGUGUCGGCACACUCCCGGACCGUGACAGCCAAGAUGCAGGGCCCAUUGUCCCCAAGAUAUCGGGUCUAGAGAGAAGCCAGGAGAAGAGCCAGGACUGCUGCAAAGAGCCCAUCUUUGAGCCCGUGGUGCUUAAAGACCCCUGCCCUCAGGUCCCGCAGCCGCUACCCCAGCCCCAGGUGGAGCCUCAACUCCAAGCUCCUUCUCCGGACCCCAACUUGGUGCAGCGCACAGAGGCCCCGCCACAGCCCCCGCCUCCGAGCUCACAGCCACCCCCGGGGCCCCCGGAGGCCCAGCUGCAGCCCGCCCCGCAGCCUCAGGUGCAGAGGCCGCCCAGGCCUCAGUCCCCCGCCCAGCUGCUCCACCAGAACCUCCCGCCUGUGCAGGCCCACCCCUCGUCCCAGAGCGUCCCCCAGCCAUUGUCCGCCUACAACAGCAGUAGCCUGAGCCUCAACAGUUUAAGCAGCAGCAGAAGCAGCACGCCGGCAAAGACUCAACCCGCCCCUCCUCACAUCUCCCACCACCCCUCCGCCUCCCCCUUCCCCCUCUCCCUGCCCAACCACAGCCCCCUGCACAGCUUCACGCCCACCCUCCAGCCCCCCGCCCACUCACAUCACCCCAAUAUGUUUGCCCCUCCCACUGCUCUGCCUCCUCCACCACCCCUGACGUCAGGGAGUCUGCCGGUGCCCGGACACCCGGCCGGGAGCACUUACUCAGAGCAAGACAUCUUGCGACAGGAACUGAACACGCGCUUUUUGGCCUCUCAGAGUGCUGACCGCGGGGCCUCCCUGGGCCCCCCGCCCUACCUGCGCACCGAGUUCCACCAGCACCAACACCAGCACCAGCACACGCACCAGCACACACACCAGCACACCUUCACGCCGUUCCCCCACGCCAUCCCGCCCGCCGCCAUCAUGCCGACGCCAGCACCUCCCAUGUUUGACAAAUACCCUACAAAAGUUGACCCAUUCUACCGGCACAGUCUCUUCCAUUCCUAUCCUCCUGCAGUAUCGGGCAUCCCCCCUAUGAUCCCACCCACUGGCCCUUUUGGUUCACUCCAAGGAGCAUUUCAGCCGAAGACAUCCAACCCUAUUGAUGUCGCUGCUCGGCCCGGGACAGUGCCGCACACUUUACUCCAAAAGGACCCGAGGUUGACAGAUCCUUUCAGACCCAUGUUAAGGAAACCAGGGAAGUGGUGCGCCAUGCAUGUUCACAUCGCCUGGCAAAUUUAUCACCACCAACAGAAAGUCAAGAAACAGAUGCAGUCCGACCCGCAUAAGCUGGACUUUGGACUGAAACCCGAGUUCCUGAGCCGCCCUCCAGGCCCCAGUCUCUUCGGAGCCAUCCACCACCCCCAUGACCUGGCUCGGCCUUCGACUUUAUUCUCUGCCGCCGGUGCUGCACAUCCAACCGGGACCCCUUUUGGGCCGCCGCCUCAUCACAGCAACUUUCUCAACCCUGCUGCGCACCUCGAGCCUUUCAAUCGGCCGUCCACGUUCACUGGCCUGGCGGCAGUUGGCGGCAAUGCCUUCGGGGGACUUGGAAACCCUUCAGUUACACCCAACUCAAUGUUCGGCCACAAGGAUGGCCCCAGUGUGCAGAGCUUUAGCAACUCUCACGAGCCCUGGAACCGGCUGCACCGAGCGCCUCCGUCGUUCCCGACCCCUCCGCCCUGGCUGAAGCCGGGGGAGCUGGAACGCAGCGCGUCCGCUGCAGCUCAUGACAGAGAUAGAGAUGUAGAUAAACGGGACUCGUCUCUUAGUAAAGAUGACAAAGAAAGGGAAAGCGUCGAGAAAAGACACUCCAGCCACCUUUCACCAGCACCUCUCCUCCCGGUGAACGCCCUGGGACACAGCCGCAGCUCCGCCGAACACAUCCGGGGGCAUUUGAACACCGAGGCUCGCGAGAAAGACAAACCCAAAGAGAGGGAGAGAGACCACUCGGAACCCCGCAAGGACCUGAGCGCCGAGGAGCACAAGGCCAAGGAGGGCCACCUGCCCGACAAGGACGGGCACGGCCACGAGGGGCGGGCCAUGGGCGAAGAGGCCAAGCAGCUGGCCCGGGGGCCGUCGCCCUACGCGCGGGCCCCCGUGGCGGAGAGCGCCAGGCCCAACAGCACCUCGAGCCGGGAGGCCGAGGCGCGCAAGAGCGAGCCGGCCUACGAGAACCCCAAGAAGAGCGCCGAGGUCAAGGUGAAGGAGGAACGCAAGGAAGAGCACGACGUGGCGCCCGAGGCCCCGCAGGCCCACCGGCCCGCAGAGCCGCCCCCGCCCAGCUCCUCGGCCAGCGUGCACCCGGGGCCCCUGGCGAGCGUGCCCAUGACGGUGGGCGUGGCGGGCAUCCAUCCCAUGAACAGCAUCAGCAGCCUGGACAGGACUCGCAUGAUGACCCCCUUCAUGGGCCUCAGCCCCAUCCCGGGGGGAGAGCGCUUCCCGUACCCUUCCUUCCACUGGGACCCCAUCCGGGACCCCCUGCGGGACCCCUACCGAGACCUGGACAUCCACCGGAGAGACCCGCUGGCCAGGGACUUCCUGCUGCGCAACGACCCGCUGCACCGGCUGUCGGCGCCGCGGCUGUACGAGGCCGACCGCUCCUUCCGGGACCGGGAGCCACACGACUACCACCACCACCACCACCACCACCACCCGGCGCUGGGCGUGGACCCGCGGCGCGAGCACGAGCGGGGCGGCCACCCGGACGAGCGCGAGCGCCUGCACCUGCUCCGCGAAGACUACGAGCACACGCGGGGGCUGCACUCGGUGCACCCCGCCUCCCUGGACGGGCACCUGCCGCACCCCGGCCUCCUCACGCCGGGGCUGCCCAGCAUGCACUACCCGCGCAUCAGCCCCACCGCGGGCCACCAGAACGGACUCCUCAACAAGACGCCGCCCACCGCGGCGCUCAGCGCGCCGCCCCCGCUCAUCUCCACGCUGGGGGGCCGCCCGGUGUCCCCGCGGAGGACUACGCCCCUGUCGGCCGAGAUCCGCGACCGGCCCCCCUCCCACACCCUCAAGGACAUCGAAGCUCGGUAAGAGGCGCCUGAAGCCCGGAGCCGGCGGCCGCCCCGCCAAGCCCCGGGCGAACUCACGCGAGACUCGGCAGCGCGCAUGCGCGAGAACUCCGCGCGCGUGCGAGUGUCCAUGGCGCGGGGCGGGGCCCCCGAGCGCCGAGGCCCCGCCCACCCGGGCCGCGGCCACGCCCACCCUUGUACAAAAAACACCCCGAAAUGUACAGACUCAGUGCAGAUUUUGAAAUGGUUUUGUAUAUUAUAUGUUGAGAUUUUUUUCCAGCCCUUUUAGCCAAGUCAUCUGUUCUCACGUCUCCCGCUCCUUUAUAUUUUUUUCCUUUAUUAUUAUUAUUUUUUUUGCUGUCGUUGUCGUUCCUUGUAUAAAGCUUUUUGAUUUGAUCCCAAAGUGGAGAUGACGACACACGCGGAUUCCAUGAUGGAUGGGGGAGGGAGACGACAGCCGUCCGUCCGUCCGUCACGCAGAGAGGCGGGCAGGCCGUGUACAUAGUCAUGUAAAAAAAAUAAUAAUAACAAAAAAAAAAAACAAAAAAAUGCACAGAGUGCUUCAUGAGCUACUGGUUCAUAUAUGCAAAGGGUAAGACGAAAGCUUUACUGUGUACAGAUGUAAAUAGACGAGUGCACCCUGCCGCGUGCCACCCGCAGACAGCCGCGCCCUUCAACUAUGCAAUGAACGUCCGGCUCCGGCCUCGGCCCACCACUGCCCCGGCCUCGGCCCUCCCUGCCCCGGCCAGUCCGGCUCCGGCCUCGGCCCUCCCUGCCCCGGCCAGUCCGGCUCCGGCCUCGGCCCACCCUGCCCGGCCAUGGCCGCGCGGCUCCGGGGCUCCCUGCCUGGUUUGGUUGGUUUCGUUUUGUUUUUUCUUCCAACAUCCCGAUUUUUGCAACUCGGACCCCAGGCCGGCACCCGCACCGGAAGUUGCCGCUUGGUGGGCGGUGGGGUCGGGGGAGCUGCGGCCCCAGGAAGGUCACGGAGGACGCGAGCCGCGGUCGGGGGCCGGGGGCGCGCGCGCGGCGGGGUGGCGUCCCCCACGCACCCACGCACCCGCCUCACGAGGGGCACCCGCUCCCCGUCCCGUCCCCGCGCCGCCAGCCGCGCUCACGACACCCAAACAGAUCCUGACAGAAAGCGUCCCGUUUUCUCAGAUGAUGGAUGUGUUUUCCGUGUGGCCGCCGGGGCCCGGGGUGGGGGUGGGGGGCCCACUUCCCGGCGUGCCUCGCGGGACCCACUUCCCGGCGUGCCUCGCGGUGCCCCGGGCGCUCCCGGGAGGAGGGUCUGCUCCCGGCAGUCUCUGCGGCAGCCACGUCGGGCCGCGGCGGGCGGAAGGCGGCAGAGGAGAAGUCGUGUGUGUGCGUGUGUUUUUGAGUUUGCAUCAAUCUUAACGUCUCUUCAUAAUACUUUUAUAAUCCAUUAAGCCUCUUGUCUACAUAUUUGGAGAGAAUAUGACUUUACUAGCAGAGAAAUACAAUAUAUCUUGUCUACUGGACUGUAAAAUACAUGUAUGAAAUAAAAUUAGUUCCAUUUGGUCUUCUAGUAUAUUAAAGUGCUGACGUUGUUAUCCUGUUUUUGCAAAAAAAAAAAAAGUUAACUACAGACCAUUGUUUCUAAUAAGCAGAGAUCUAUUUUAGUAGUAAACUGAAGGUUUAGUUGUGAGCUUCAGACUUUGUGAAUUCCAGAUGUUGUGCAGUGUUUUUGUUUUGUUUUUUUUCUUUUUUUUUUUAAAGACGACAACUUAAAAAAAAAAAACACCCGAGGAAUAUGUACACUGGAACUGUAGUGGUAGCUUUCAGUAUUGUAAAGAGAUUGUUCUAUACAGACCUUUUUGCUGUUUCUCCUGUAUGUAAUAAAGUCCUUUCUAGAUCCUAUGUGAAAAAGAAAAGUGAAGCAACUGAAUCUUCAGCAUGUUCUCAUCGGCGAAGCCUUCUUGUGUAAUGUAAACUGUGCCAUGUUAUUAAAAAAUGUGAACUAA